AUGAUCAAAACUAAAUACACAUCAAAUUCUAGAUCUAAGGAAAAUCAAUUUGAGACAAAAAUGUUUGAUUUCAAUCUGUUUUUAAUGAUUUGCAAUUAUUUUCAAUUAUAAAGUGAUAUAUUAUUAAUUAUAGCUUAUUAUUCGAUGACUAUUUACGCACUUUUGGUGAGNUAUGAGACCAUUUAAAAGAAUAUGAAGAAAAUCAUCUUUCAAAUCAACUACUUUGAUAAUGUUGUUUAUUAGAAUCAAAUUUUAUAUGACUUUCUAAUUAAAAAACGAUCUCUGAGAUUGAUGUAUGAUUUACUAUGCCAAGACUUUAAUUUUGAUUUUAAUUUCACCUAAAACUACUCUCAUUUACUAUUACCUAUUAACCUAUUCAGUAUAUAAAAUUUCAUCGACAUUAAUAAUAAAACUUUAUUUAAAAUUGCUACUAGUGCCUAUGAUUAUGGCUUAGAACACAUCUCUAAAUGUCCAUAGUGUCAAAAAUUAAGUGUUAAAUGUGCUGAAUGUCUAAAAGGUAAUAUUUACAUCUUUGAUAUAAUUGGAACUUAGUACUGCAGAAAAUGCAAGAAAAUAUUUCAUAGGACUUGUUUCUAUGACAAAUGUACAAAGUGCGGACAAAACCAAUAUAUUAACAGAAGCAAAUUAGACCGAUGA